AUUGUGCUGGAGCACGGCUCCUACAGCGGAGACCCCGUCACCAAGGUGCUGCUGCAGCCCCUGACAGGACGGACUCAUCAGCUGCGGGUUCACUGCAGUGCCAUCGGCCACCCCAUCGUGGGGGACUUCACCUACAGCCACAGGAAGGACAGCAGCCCCUACAGGAUGAUGCUCCACGCCUACUACCUGCGCAUCCCCACCCGCAAGGAGCUCGUCGAGGUCUGCGCCCCCGACCCCUUCCUCACGGCCAUGGAUGGCAACUGGGUGCCCCACCACGUCGUCCACGGGCUGGAUGACACCAUCCAAGAGCUGAAGGACAAGGUGCUGCAGAAGGGGGAGGAGGAGGAGGAGAGGCAGGAGGCUGUGCUGGGUGCUGGAGGGGAGGAGGCGCGGAGCGAAGCCGAGAGCCCGGAGACGGAGGAGCAGCGAGCCCGGUGCCAGCAGUGGCUGGCAGAGUGGGCUUUGGAGUGA